AUGGGGGAUCGCAACUGGAACGCAUUUCCCCCCAGUUCGUCACAGGCGAGGUACCCUCACAACUCUCAAAACCAGCCAGGGGCAUCGUACGAUGGAUUAGACAGUAGGAGUUCCAUCUCGGGGCCAAGAAAUGACCAGGAUUCACGACCGCGAACCGGUGAGAUCAGGCGUCGCCCGGUGCCCGGACAGGUCGUCGACCAGCAACAGGCACGCGCCAACGCGAUACAAUCUGUGGCGGAGAUUGUUCGCCAGGGGCCUCGUCAUCAUCCUCCUCCGCCUGCUAGUCUAUGGCCCGCUCAUGAUGGACCCAUUAGUCGAGCGCCCUCGGCCUUUGGUUCGCUGUCCGUCUUUGAAGAGCCGCAGGAGGAGUUGUUGAUUGAUCUGUCGGCGAGCGACACGGAGGGUCCCAGGCAUGUUCGCCCAUCGCAUCCCGAUCGCGCUCCCCCCGUGCGCGACUAUCGAACACAACCCAAUCCCGUCGAGCGCGAUCAAGAAGUGGCCUUGCGUCUAGCGCAGGAAUUCAGCCUUCUCGACAUUGACGAUCCAAGCGACUUACCAGCCGUCUUCCGUGAACAAAUGGAAGCCGUACAAGGGCGCCAUUCACAGAGAUCCGCGACGCGCAACGCCCUCUUAUCCCUCGGACCCGAAGAGCAAGACAACCAGUCCAGCUCCGAAUCGCCCGACGAAGAACGCUGCGACUGUGAAGCGCUGCCCGCGUACGGCGGACAAUGCUUCUUCUGCUACCCCUGCAACUGCAUCUUCUGCCCCGACUGCUGGCCGCGGUCGCCACCGCAUCGCAAAACGCCGGUGCGCGGGGGAAUCCCGCACGAAAAGACGGAUCCCAAACUGGCGCGGAUUAUAGAACAGACACUGGAGACAGAUGUCGAUGAAAAGACGCAGUCGUAUCUGCAUAUGAGGGAUGAGGAUUCGGCGUGGUUCGGUACUGUGUGGGACGAUAGUGACCUGUUGUUCCAGGACUAUGGGAGAUACGCCAACCUGAUGGCGCAGAUGUCCGGGCGCAAGAGACAGGUGCGAUAUCCGGGUUUGGUAUCGUUUGUGGGUCAGACGGGAGCGGGAAAGAGUACAUUGAUCAAGCUUCUCAUCGAACUGCGCCUAAGUACCGAGCAGAACUCUGAGGUCCCCGUCGUCGGAUCCGUCAAGAACCAGGACCUGCCGACCUCUGGAGAUGUCCAUCUGUAUUCGGACCCCGUCUCAUCGGAUACCGAUGCCCCGAUCCUGUACGCCGACUGUGAGGGCCUGGACGGUGGGGAGCGCGAGCCCAUGGGCGUCAAGUCCCGCAAGGUGAAGAAGCACCUCCAGACUUACAACAUGCCACAGGAAGUGAAGGUCCGUCAGAAUGCGUCCGAGCGCGACUUGCUUUGGGCAAUCAAUGAGAAGACCCAGAGCCGGGAGUAUAUCGUGCGGAACCUGUAUCCCCGCCUGCUAUAUACAUUCUCUGAUACCAUCGUGUUUGUCACGAUGAAUCCGCGAGUUAUCGAGAAUGUCAUCGACCAACUGAUCGACUGGGCGGCCGCCGCGCUCGAAAAGUCGUCGAACCAGCCUGUUCUGCCACACGCCAUCAUCAUCCUCAAUGCCGCUGAGAACAACACAGAUCCUCGUCUGUGGGACGUCGACGCAUCGACUGAGCAUCUAAUGGAAGCGACUAAAGAAGCAAUCGACAGAAACCACAACCUCCGUGCGCGAGCUGCGUUCUGGGCACCCAAGCAACGACGCAUAACCUCCGUUCGCGAUCUGCUCCUAUCCUACUACUCGACGAUCCGGGUCGUCCGCGUACCAAAGAAAGGACGCCCCAAUCUGAUCGACCAGCAGAUCGAGCGACUCUACGUGGAGAUCAAGACGGCGUGUAAGCGGUCUCGUCGGGUUAAAUCCCAGUGGAGAAUGCUUCUCAAUUCGGACGAGUUGCAGCCAUAUCUGCAAUACGCGUUUGACCAUUUCUCUCGCGAACUCGACCUGCCGUUUGACUUUGUGGAGGCGUCGUUUGCAAACAGCCCCAUCCCAUCGGAUUUCGGUGGAAACAUCCUCAAGCUGGCAAGGGAUAUACUAGAAGUGUGGAAGGACCGAAUUGAUGGACCCACUAUAUUCAAGGAGUUGAGCUAUCUAGUGGCGUCCUGCGUGAUGCUGGACUCGGCUCGCCGCAGAACCUUAGGUCCCGCGGAAAGCGUUUUCAAAGAAUACCUCGAGUACUUUGACGACACACUCGACGAUUUCUGCGACCACCACUGGCCCUGCGAAUACCGCAGCGCCGAAGGCCGGUGCGUCAACGUGCGCAGCGGGCACCAAGCAAAAGGUCACCAGCUGAAAGACGGACGCGUGCUCGCCGUGCAAGAGUACCAAUCGUCCUUCACAGCCGACGCCUUCCGUCAGACCUUCCGAUCUAUGAUCUUCAAGAACCUGACAGCCCUGCUGAUGAAGCUCGUCGCCGCAACAGGGCGGUCCGCUGAUCGCGAAAUGCAAGAAGCGGCCGUCAUUCACCGCGAUAUGGUGCUGAAGAACUUUUAUCGUCAUCUAGGAGGGCCGUCUAUGUUUAUCAGCCAUACAGCUUGCUAUGCGUGUCUUGUCGAGCCGCCGGAGCAUGCGUUGCCGUGUGGUCAUGUUCUCUGUACGCUGUGUGUGCGUGCGUUCGGGACGAGUCUGGGGAAGCAUGCUGUGGAGAUUGCGGCUUGUCCGUUGCAUUUCGAGGAGACAGAAGGACACUGUCCGCCCGGAUGGCCCAUAUUCAUCAAGCCGCCACAAGCAGGGACACGGAUACUGAGUCUGGACGGAGGAGGCAUCCGGGGAAUCGUGGAGCUAACGAUCCUUCAGCAAAUCGAGAGGGAGCUGGGCGUCGGCCUCUACAUCCAGGACUUCUUCGAUCUCAUCGUGGGGACAAGCACGGGCGGCAUCAUCGCGCUCGGCUUGGGCGCAGCGGGAUAUUCCGUGGAAGAUUGCACGCGGUCGUUCCGGUCUCUAUGCACCAAGGCUUUCACGAAACGAAGAGGCAUCGGCAUCCCGGGAUGGGAGUGGUUGAUCUCCGCAUCCAACCACAGCAAGUACGAAACGCGACCGCUGGAGGCUGCGCUGCAAACCUACGUCGCUGAGGCGAUUGACCAAAGUGGCCGUGACGGCGACAACGACCGCUGCAUCGGUCGUCGUCCUGGCCAACUACAAUCGACGCAGCCCCCGGGUUACUCGUCGUACCGAUUCAACCGCUCCGAGAAGCCCGACAGCGAGAUGAAGAUUUGGGAAGCGGCCCGCGCAACGUCCGCCGCGCCGCGCGUCUUCAAGCCUUUCUUCCACGGCCCCUCGGGACAGAGCUACCAAGACGGUGCCAUCUACCACAACAACCCCGUCGAGGUCGCCGUCGGCGAGCAGCGGCAUAUCUGGCCGGAGGCGCUGGAAACACACCCCGACAUUGUCCUCUCCGUAGGCACAGGAUACAACCCCAAAUCAGAAAACCGGGAGCCCAACCAGCCGUCCAGACCAGCCUCGCGAGGUGUCAUCUCGCACGUCAGAUCACUGACCAGGAUCGGCAUCGACCACAUUCACAACAGCCUCGACUGCGAGCGCACAUGGAAGACCUUUCUCGAGAAGAGCCCGCCACCACCGCAAUUCACAGACCGCUACAUCCGCGUGAACCUCGCCCUCGACGGGGACCCUCCGCACCUGGACGACGUCCGCCAGCUCAACAACCUCAGCGAGAUGGCGCGGUUCCGCUUCACCAAGGAGCGCGACACCGUCCGCUCGAUCGCUGACCGGCUCAUCGCCUCGUCGUUCUACUUCGAGCCGCUCGCCCCGCCCAACACGGUCGAAAACCCCGACGGCUCCUUCACCCUCAAGGGGAACAUCCUCAGCCGGUUCCCCAACAACUCGGAGCAGAUCCUCUACCUGGGCCAGGCGUUCAAGCAACGCUCCAGCAGCAUGUUCAACCUCGGCCACCGCGACCAUGAGCCUUACUUCCUGAUUCGCGAGAAGCGCCGCGAGCGAGACGCCCAGAUGUACCUCGUCAAGCACAAGACCAUCUCCGACAUGAUGCAGCAUGGGACCUUCUCCAUGAACAAAGUCGAAGUCCGCCUGACGCAGAGAAUGGCCGAAACGGAAAUCCUCUUCUGCCCGGAAGGUGACCGCAGCCAUCCGACCUAUUACCCCAUUAGCGGGUUCCCGCGCUGUCUCCUCGAUGAGGAAGUAGCCUCCCCCUCCAAAGCAAAAUUCACCCCCCGCCUCACCCGCUCCCGCUCCUCCUACCAAAGCCGACCCCGCGACGCAUGGCGCAAAACCUCCCAAGACGAAGACAUCUCCUCAUCCAACCCGAUCGACCAAUUCACAGACCAAGCCUACGUCUACCCGGGCGACACGCUAGGCGUGUACGACCCAGACUCCCAUCGUCGGUAUGCCGGUGACGGCGAAUUGCGAGUCCCGGGCGAUCGCAGCAACACGCCUUCGGCGUUUGCGCUGAGUCCUAGCCCGCCUUAUCGGGUUAUGGAUAGUCCUGCGGCUUUGGUGCCGAGAUCUUUUAUGCAGCAGGAGUACCAGCAGCUGACGCAGGGGUCGGAUGCGGAGGCUGAUGAUAUAGUGUAUGAGUUGGCGGAUACGUCUGUUUAUGUUCCGCCUGUUGAGUUGCCGACGCCGUUUAAUCGGAUUGGGUUGGCUGUGACGAGGGAUGAUGAUGAACAGAGAUAAUGGUUGAAUGUGGUGUUUUGAUUAAAAUUCUAAUAUUUUUUUGGUGCCUUGUGA